AUGGAGGAGGACCAUUGUACUCCUACUCCUCCUCCUACUCCUCCUCCUACUAGCACUCCUACUCUUACUCCUCCUCCUCCUAAUACUCCUCCGCCUCCUCCUACUCCUCCUCCUCGUAGCACUCCUACUGCUACUCCUCCUCCUCCUAGUACUCCUACUCCUCCUCCUACUAGCACUCCUACUCCUCCUCCUCCUAGUACUCCUACUCCUCCUCCUACUCCUCCUCCUACUAGCACUCCUACUCCUACUCUUACUCCUCCUCCUCCUAAUACUCCUCCUUCUCCUACUCCUCCUCCUCCUAGCACUCCUACUGCUACUCCUCCUCCUCCUAGUACUCCUACUCCUCCUCCUACUAGCACUCCUACUCCUCCUCCUCCUCCUAGUACUCCUACUCCUCCUCCUACUAGCACUCCUACUCCUCCUCCUCCUACUAGUACUCCUACUCCUCCUCCUACUAGCACUCCUACUCCUCCUCCUCCUAGUACUCCUCCUCCUCCUACUAGCACUCCUACUCCUCCUCCUCCUAGUACUCCUACUAGCACUCCUACUCCUACUAGCACUCCUACUCCUACUCCUCCUUGCACUCCUCCUCCUCCUCCUCCUAGCACUCCUCCUCCUUUGUCUGCCGGCCAGCACGAGGGCGACACCCACAACCCCGCCUUUAUGAUGAUGGAGGAGGAGGAGCAUACAAGCCAGCAGGGGAGUCCAAACGCCUGCAGAAAGAGGAGCGUGAUGAUGGCACGAGGGGGAGAAAAGUGGCGAGAGACAAAAGCUGAUUUGUAA